GUGUAGUAAUUGUGUUGCCCCUGCUUCGCCUUGAAUAGAGCCGAAAGUUUAGCAGUUUGGGUCAUAAUAAAAUCAAUACAUGACCUGCUCAAUGUUGUAAUCACCUGCAGCAAAAUCCCCUGCAGUGCAGUGCUUUAGUCUUUUUUGUAAAUAAUAUUAAGUUGCAAGAUUCAAGUUGAGCUUUGUAUGCUGCACCAUUUAAAAUUAUCCAAAGUCUGAAGAUUCCCUCAUUAGUAUUGUCAAUAAUAUUUACUCAAACUGUGUGCUUUUAAAUGAUAAAAUCAACUGAACUUAUGUAAUAAGUUUAAUUUUGAGACAUUCGGAAUGGUUACUGAUCAUGUCAUAUACAGAAUUGGAACAUGGAUAUCAAGGUUUACGUAAGGCCACUAGACCUACACAAUUUUAUAUAGGAGGGGGAGAUUUAGAAUUAUGCGAUCCAAGCGAUACGAGUCUGAGCACUUCGGACAUGGAGGACGGUGGAAAGCAAGUGGUUGUUGGUGUUUGCGCCAUGGCUAAGAAGUCCCAGAGCAAACCCAUGAAGGAGAUAUUGACGAGGCUGCAAGAGUUUGAAUAUAUCAAAGUUAUCGUUUUUGCAGAGGAUGUUAUUUUAUCAAAACCUGUUGAAGAGUGGCCAGUCUGUGAUUGCUUGAUUUCGUUCCAUUCAAAAGGAUUUCCUUUAGAGAAAGCCAUCCAAUAUGCACAAUUGCACAAUCCGUACGUAAUAAAUAAUCUGCAUAUGCAGUACGACAUACAAGAUCGGAGGAAGGUUUAUUCGAUACUGGAAGCGGAAGGUAUCGAGAUACCACGGUAUGCCGUGUUGGAUAGAGACAGUCCUGAUCCAAAACAUCAUGAACUGGUCGAAUCGGAAGAUCACGUCGAAGUCAACGGUGUGGUAUUUAACAAACCGUUCGUCGAAAAACCGGUGUCUGCUGAAGAUCAUAAUAUUUAUAUAUAUUAUCCGACAUCGGCAGGCGGAGGUAGUCAACGAUUGUUCAGAAAGAUCGGUAGCCGAAGCAGUGUCUAUUCGCCAGAGUCUAGGGUCCGUAAAACUGGAAGUUUUAUAUACGAAGAUUUCAUGCCCACGGAUGGUACUGAUGUAAAGGUAAUGUUUAAGGUUUAUACAGUAGGUCCAGAUUACGCUCAUGCCGAGGCGCGUAAGUCUCCAGCACUUGAUGGUAAAGUUGAGAGGGAUAGAGAGGGCAAAGAGAUUCGUUAUCCUGUGAUAUUAAGUAAUGCAGAGAAGUUGAUAUCUAGGAAAGUUUGUUUAGCCUUUAAACAGGCUGUGUGUGGUUUUGAUUUGUUGAGAGCUAACGGAAAGUCGUUUGUGUGUGAUGUAAAUGGUUUUAGUUUUGUGAAGAAUUCAAACAAAUAUUACGAUGAUUGUGCUAGGAUCUUAGGUAACAUGAUUCUACGUGAGUUGGCACCAACUCUACAUAUCCCCUGGUCAGUACCAUUUCAAUUAGACGAUCCUCCUAUUGUGCCGACCACCUUUGGCAAGAUGAUGGAGCUGAGGUGUGUGGUGGCGGUCAUUCGACACGGCGAUAGAACGCCUAAGCAGAAGAUGAAGGUCGAAGUAAGACAUCCAAAAUUUUUCGAAAUAUUUGAAAAGUACGACGGAUACAAGCAUGGCCACGUGAAAUUGAAGAGGCCUAAGCAGCUUCAAGAGAUAUUGGAUAUAGCCAGGUCCCUUCUUGCUGAAAUUCAGCAGCAUGAAGCUGAUCCUGAGAUAGAGGAGAAGCAAGGAAAGUUAGAGCAGCUGAAGAGCGUCUUAGAAAUGUACGGUCACUUUUCCGGUAUUAAUCGCAAAGUGCAAAUGAAAUAUCAGCCCAAGGGUAGGCCUCGUGGUUCCAGUUCGGAUGAUGGUAAACCAAAUCUUAUAGAUCGUCCAGCAGAACCAUCACUUGUUCUCAUCCUGAAAUGGGGCGGAGAGCUGACACCUGCCGGCCGCAUACAAGCUGAAGAGUUAGGACGAAUUUUUCGCUGCAUGUAUCCAGGCGGCCAAGGUAGACAUCUUGCUGGCGAAUAUGCAGGUGCCCAGGGUUUGGGUUUGCUCCGCUUGCAUUCAACUUUCAGACACGACUUGAAGAUCUAUGCCUCCGACGAAGGUCGAGUCCAGAUGACAGCAGCUGCCUUUGCUAAAGGUCUUUUGGCACUCGAGGGUGAGUUAACUCCUAUUCUAGUGCAAAUGGUGAAGAGCGCUAACACCAACGGAUUAUUGGAUAACGAUUGUGAUAGCAGCAAAUAUCAGAAUAUGUGUAAAGCACGACUUCACGAACUGAUGCAAUUGGAUCGGGACUUCACGACCGAAGAUCGUGAGAAGAUCAAUCCCGGACACUCGGUAAGCAUUACGGAUGCUUUAGACUUUGUCAAGAAUCCGGUUCAGUGCUGUCGUAACGUGCAUGAAUUAAUUAAAUCGUUGAUGGAGAUUGUUAAGCAAAAGAAGGAAGACCCUAAGACAAAAGAUGCUAUUUUGUACCAUGGUGAAACUUGGGAGUUGAUGGGCCGACGAUGGGGUAAAAUCGAGAAGGAUUUUUAUAUGAAGAACAAAAAUUUCGAUAUCAGCAAAAUUCCUGAUAUCUAUGAUUGCAUCAAAUACGAUUUGCAACACAACCAGCACACGCUGCAGUUCGAACAGGCCGAGGAGCUUUACAUAAAUGCCAAAUAUCUAGCGGACGUUGUUAUUCCACAAGAAUACGGUCUGACUCCGCAAGAAAAGUUAACCAUCGGCCAGGGGAUUUGUACUCCGCUUUUGAAGAAGAUUCGAGCUGAUCUUCAAAGAAAUAUUGAAGAAUCUGGUGAGGAGACGGUGAACAGAUUAAAUCCGCGCUAUUCGCAUGGCGUUUCGAGCCCAGGAAGACACGUAAGGACUCGUCUUUACUUUACCAGUGAAAGUCACAUACAUUCCUUGAUUACCGUUUUAAGACACGGAGGUUUAUUGGACAUUAAAAAAGAUGAACAGUGGCGGAGAGCUAUGGAAUACGUUUCUAUGGUGUCCGAGCUGAAUUAUAUGUCGCAAAUAGUAGUAAUGCUGUAUGAAGAUCCUACGAAAGAUCCAUCUAGUGAAGACCGUUUCCACGUGGAGCUGCAUUUCAGUCCAGGUGUUAAUUGCUGCGUGCAGAAGAAUCUUCCCCCGGGGCCAGGUUUUCGACCGCAUUCAAGGAAUGAGUCGGUUGCAAGCAAAACAGCUAGCACAAACACAUCAGCCACGGCAACUCCCGAAGAAAACAAGAACCAUUGUCCGCUGCGCAUCGACGAAGAAAAUCAAAUUCCAGAGGAAUCUAACGAAUCCUCUAAUAUAGGCGAACAUCCUUUGGAUAAUUCGCCUCCUGAUACACCUGACUGCGAUCAAUUUUAUAAUAGGUAUCCAACGAGUGAGCCUAUUCCAAUUGGGAGUUCACAUACCGUCUGCGGACACGAGGCGACGCAUCUGGCCAAGCAACUAAAUGACGAGUUGGCAUCGCAGUCUCAGAACACCGGAAGAACUUUCGGCGUUUCGCGCACCUUGAGCCCCGAUCAGGAACCGCGCUCGAAGAGCUACGACUAUAAAUCGACGCAGAACGGAAAGUCCAAAGCCGACCAAUUACAAUACCAAAGUUUGGACGCUGUCAACAAGAAAGAGGAUUCACCUGAUUAUGAUACAGAUCUUUCGGUCACGCCUACAAACAAAUCGGUUUCGCCACCCAUCGCCAUCCCCUUAAAACUAUUAGACACUAAUUUCACGCGGACAGUACAAAAUUUUGUUUUCACACCAAUUGCCAAUGCAAAAUUGGUCUCUCAGCAUCCGGAGCUCAGUCCGAUUUCGGGGAGUUUCGAUUAUGACGGUCGAAGCGAAAUUGAUUCUCCUCUCACAUUAAGCAAACUAAAAUCGCGAUCUCCGACGAAUGAGUGCCCAAUGAGCGAGUUAAAGUUUGAGUUCGAUCCUUGUAAUAAUUUUACCAAAUUCGAAAGCGCAACUAAUGAAUUACCUUUAACGGAACUUAACUUGGCUCUUUUUACGUCGGAAUUGGAAGGCGACGAUAAGAACGUGGAGACGCCCAAAUUAGCCAGGCAGUUGACAAAUGAUAGUCAAACAGAUGAUUUAUCCUUGGAGGUUAAUUGGGAGAGCGAAAACUCGGAAUUAGAUUCGGUCGGUAGGAAAAAAAUAGUUGAUACGAAAGGGGGUAGUCCGGUUAAGGAUAGGAGUUGUUUUAAAGAGAAGUUCCCGCCGCAAAGGUCUUACUCGGAUCCGAAUAUAUUGGAGAGCGAUAACAAAAAAACCAAUCUCUUUCUCAUAAAACGCCUGAACGAGGCCCUUAUGGCUAGCGACGCUGAGGAGAGCUCCUACAAUAAACAAAUUUUGAGUCCUACAGAGGAACCUAUUUACCCAUUCAGUUUCUAUCCUUUCGUGAAAAGAUGCGGGGACGGCGAUCCUAUUCAUAAUCUCACACUGCAUCAGCUUAGCUCCUGCUUCACGCGUUCACCAUCCAACCUCCUAUCUUUCUUCUCCUCCCAUCCGACCACCACCCAAAGGUCGAUGUCACAACCUACGUCCACUGUGUCCAAUACAGAGAACACCGGGGGUACGGUGCCAAGACGCCAUCGACACAGUAUCGCCGGACAGAUGAGCUAUUUCAAGAUGCUAGGGUUUGGAUUCGGUGGACCUAUAGCCUUCAAGAAGUUAGCAGGGGGAAGCACCAAUUCUCUUUUCUCCACCGCCGUCAUUUCCGGAAGUUCCAGUGCGCCAAAUCUACGAGAUAUGAUUCCAAGCACGGCAAGCGCCUCAGCAAUCGAAGGUUUCGGUGGAGUACCGCCCAUUAGACCGCUGGAGACGUUGCACAAUGCGCUCUCCUUAAAGCAGCUGGACACAUUCUUGGAGCAUAUGACCGGAGUCUCUCUCUUCAGGACGCCCUCAUCUACUCCACCAAAAUAUCCUUCGACGCCGUUACCUACACCCACAACGGCCAAUCACCAGAACGGAAAUACCAACGGAUCGACGCAGCACCCACCCCUCAGAUUGCAAUCUCCCAGUAGCAGUGUAGGUUGGAGCGGUCCGCCAAGUUUCAUGUCCAGUAGUGGACCGUCGUCGCCAGGUCUUUCGGACCCCUAUUCCACGUCGAAAGAGAGCAGCGAAAUGUCCUCAAGUGUCGUCAGCGGUGACGGAUUAAUGGGGAACUUAUCGCACAUGUUCCCCACAGUCCCUGGGUUAGAUCAGGACUUGGAGAAUGUUGGCAUUCUGCUAGAUACGACCGAUAAAGAAACAGGUCCUGGCUCUAUGGAAUUCUCCGAGUACUAUGCCAGCUUGCAGCAACCAUCAAAUAUUACAGGCCAGGGUGAAAGCGGCGAAGUGACUCCGGUGUCUUGUGGUUCCGAAGUUGAAUUCAACACGAAUGAUGCAACGGCCGGAUCUACGGCAGAUUGCGAUGUGACCGUCACCGAAGACAUUGAAUCUUCUCUGAUCAUGGGCGAGGACGAGGACUUUGAUGGUAUUCCGAAGGAAAACAAUUAUAUCUGCAAGCAACAAAAUCCAACGAAAUUGGCAUUGACGAACAAUGCGAAUUUCUUUUCAAAUAUCCUGACGUCACCCACCUCCGAGAAACUGGAGCACAUCGAAAACAGUGAUAGGAUGCAGCAGAGUCCGAGCACGAGCAAACUUUGUAACAAUAACGUGUCCAAGUAUUUGGAUAAGGAUCUGAAGCCGAAAAAGAACAAUGUGUACGAUAAGUGCAUGGGUGACAAAUGGGGUGUGACCAAGGAGAAGUUCCUGGAAAAUAGCAAUGCGAAUGUCACUAAGCCUAAGAUGACUCCAGGAGCGCUGGUGGUGAGAGAAACUUACAUCGAACCACCGAAGAUCAACAGGGUUUCGAGAAGCUUCCAUGGCAAAAGUAACACCUAUUUGGACAUCGGGGAAGCGCAGCGUAGGGCCAGCGAUAUUUCGAUAUCGAGUAAAGUGUUGAACUCUCAAGCUGAAGUGGCAAACAAUGAUUCGCGUAGGAACAGCAACGCCGAAAAGUCGCCAAGGAAGUUGGUGUCUCAAAAAUCUCAACCUUGUGGUAGCAUCGAGAAGAAUCUAAGCAGAAAAUCGUCCUUGGUCUCCAUAGAUGGAAGGAAUCCUAGAUUCAAGACAACUUUGGUCGACGAGGCUGAGCAUGCCGCCUCCAUGGGCAUAUCUAACUCGAGACAGCAGGAUAAUAUGAAUAAAGAUUGAUUGGGUAGUGAAAGAC